GUAAGAGAACAUUUAAAUGGCCACGGCGUAGAGCAGAGCAGCUCCGUCGCCGUAAUAUCGCCGUUAUUCUGGCCAACAGCCGCCCGAACAGCGAAUCUACCCGCUGUCGGCCGCACUCUCCCUCCGUUAAAGCUGCCUUUUAUCCGCUAACUUUCCCCCGCAAAGCUAAAAAGAAAACAUGAGCGACGAGGAGGAGUUCUUACAGAAAGCCCGGACCGGGUUUGAGGAUCUCUGCCGAGCCCUGAAUAUGGACGAAGAGGCGAGUACGGAGGCGUGGAAGACCUACGAGAACAUCAGCAGGAACUUCACUCUGGAGGGCAGUGAGCUGCACUGGCUGGCCUGUUCUCUCUACGUGGCCUGCAGGUCCUCAGUGCCGACGGUGGGAAAAGGAACCGCCGACGGAAACUACGUCUCUCUGACCAGAAUCCUCCGAUGCUCAGAAAUGAGCCUGAUCGAGUUCUUCAAUAAGAUGAAGAAGUGGCAGGACAUGGCCAGCCUGCCGCAGGACUUCCGUCAGAGCACCGACAAGCUGGAGAGGAACUUCACCGUGUCGGCCGUCAUCUUCAAGAAGUACGUUCCCAUCUUCAAGUCCAUCUUCAAGGCGCCGUCGGAGGAACCGCCGCGAGUUCACCGCAGCCGCAAACAGAGACGCCAUCCGUGCACCGUGACCGAGGUCUUCACCUUCUGCUGGGUGUUGUUCGUACAUGCUAAAGGGAACUUCCCCAUGAUCAGCGACGACCUGGUGAACUCGUAUCACCUCCUCCUGUGUGCCCUCGACCUCGUCUUCACCAACGCUCUGCUCUGCAACGCCAGGAAAGACCUGCUCAACCCAGAUUUCAAAGGUCUACCGGAGGACUUCAGCAGUAAAGACUUCAGGCCAUCCUCGGGUCCAUUCUGCUUCAUCGAGCAGCUGUGUGAGCUCCAUGACGGACUGGUUCUGGAGGCCAAAGGAGUCAAAGAGCACUUCUGGAAGCCCUUCAUCAAGAAACUCUUCCACAAGAGGAUUCUCAGGGGUAAAGAGGACAGUCUGACCGGCUUUCUGGAUCCCAUGAACUUUGGAGACAGUUUCUUGUCUCUCAGUCGGCUCUAUGAAGAACAUGUUUUGGCCACCGGCAGUCUGGAUGAGAGGAUCUUCACCGGUGAGGGGGCCAACGAGGACAUCGGCACCCCGGGGCCCUGCCUAUGCGAGGGGAUGGAGAACCAGGACAGCGCCGCCUACAGGCUCCACACCAACCUCACAGCCUCGGCUCUGAAGGUCUCCACCCCUCUGACGGGCAGGAAGUACGUCCAGGAGAUCAGCAUGGCGUCGCCGCUGUCGUCCGCCAUGAAGAGCGUCGGACGACUUCACACUCUGCUGUCAGGAACCAAACAGGGUCCGAGCGCCAAACUAACAGAGACUCUGAGGAAUUGUGCCAGAGACCCCAGUGAUGUCAUCAGCCGGCGCCUGAGGGACAUGUUUGAUUUGUUUUCUCAGCACUACGAGGACGGCAGCGCAGACAGCCGGCCGAUGGGGAGAGACAUGGCGGUGAAGUAUUUCCACCUGGCCGAAGCACUGUACUACCGAAUCCUGGAGUCCAUCAUCGAGAGAGAGAAGAUGAUUCUGGGAGAUGCUGAUCUGUCGUGUAUUCUGGAGCAGGACAUCUUCCAUCGCUCUCUGCUGGCCUGCUGCCUGGAGAUCGUCAUCUUCUCCUACAGGCCUCCAGGAGAUUUCCCCAACGUCAUCGGCAUCUUCCAGCUCCCUGCUUACCACUUCUACAAGGUGAUCGAGGUGUUGGUCCGGUCGGAGCAGGGUCUGUUUCGGGAGGUGGUGAAGCACCUGAACCAGGUGGAGGAGCAGGUUCUGGAGGGUUUGGCCUGGACCAGUGGCUCCCCGCUGUGGGAGAGUCUCCGCAGGGCCAAAGACCACGUCCCUGCCUGCCAGGAGGUGAUGCCACCUCAGUAUCUGGAACAAAAUGAUGAAAGCAGCACCAGCAGCGUUGCCCUCACGCCCAUCAACCACGGAGCUGACCUCAGCACCAACAGCACCAUCAAAGGCGUGUCUCCCUCCCCCACCACCCUCCUGGACCGCUACAGCUCCCCCCCCACCGGUCCGGCUCGCCGUCGUCUCUUCGUCGACCCGCCGGGGGACGGUGAGACCGGCGCCGCCUCCACCAGCUCCACCAGCUCCACCAGCACCACCAGCACACCAUCCACCGCCGCCGUGACCAAGACCGGCCAGGCCAGCCUCGUCACGGCCAUCCCCGCAGGACAGACGGUGGUCACCGUAGCGACCGCCACCGUCACCGCCAACAACGGGCAGACGGUGACCAUACCAGUGCAGGGAAUAGCCAACGAGAGCGGAGGCAUCACUUUCUUUCCCGUCCAGGUGAGCGUGACCGGGCAGGCCGGCGCCACCCUGCAGCCGCUGUCCGCCCAAACCCUGACUGGCACCAUCGCCGUCCAAUCAGCCGUCGCCAAACCAGCUGCCAAGGCAGCCAGCAGCCCGUUGAGGAAGGGAUCUCUGUCGCUGUUCUUCAGGAAGGUUUACCAUCUGGCCAGCGUUCGGCUCCGAGACCUUUGUGCCAAACUGGACAUCUCGUCGGAGCUGAGGAGGAAGAUCUGGACGUGUUUCGAAUAUUCUCUGGUCCACUGCACCGACAUGAUGAUGGACCGACACCUGGACCAGCUCCUCAUGUGUGCUGUUUACGUCAUGGCAAAGGUGACCAAAGAAGACAAAUCCUUCCAGAACAUCAUGAAGUGUUACCGCACUCAGCCUCAGGCCAGCAGCAACGUGUACAGGAGUGUGUUGAUCUCGGCGAGGAGGAGGCGUCACUCCGGCUCCAACGAUAGCAACAAACCAAACUCCUCUGCUGACGGAAGCCAAGAUCCAGCAGGUGGCAACAUCAGCCCGGUUCCUAUUCGCUCCAGCAGCACCUUGCCGGUCCCCCAGCCAGGUAGCACCCCUUCCACGCCCACCAACGCCUCCAACAAGACCUCCUCUUCUUCCACCACCUCCUGCACUGUUGCUGAUGGCGAGGAGGAGCGAGGAGACCUGAUCCACUUCUACAACAACGUCUACAUCAAACAGAUGAGACACUUUGCUCUCAGAUACUCUCCAAGUUCGCCGUCUGCAGGGGUGGAGUCCCCCCCUCUGUGCCCGUACCCCACCCUGAGGACCGGAUCUCCCCGUCGGAUGCUUCUGUCCAGCAAACACUCCAUUUACAUCUCGCCUCACAAGACAGGCUCCGCCCUCACGCCAACAACUCCCCGGGACAAGAUUUAUUACUACAUCUGCAGCAGCCCCCCCAAUCGUCUGCAGGAGAUCAACAGUAUGAUCCGGACCGGAGAAACUCCCACCAGGAAGCGCAGCAUGGCUAUGGAGGAGGAAACAUCGCCCAAACGGGUCUGUCCAGACAACCAUUCAGCUCUGCUGCGCCGCCUGCAGGACGUCGCCAACGACCGAAGCUCCUCCCACUGACGGUAAACACAUCGACUCCAUGCUAACAAGCGGUCACCAUCAUAUGAGCAGCUUCUGCAGCUUUUUAUGUCUGCACUGAGAUUUGUCAACAGUUGUUUUAUUUGCUGGGAGCAACACACAGCUUCAGUGACUAAAAUGAACUUUAUUGUUUCCAUUAAAAAGAACCGUAUUGUCUGUAAAAAUCUGAUUAAUCACUGAAACGUGUCCUCUGAAAACAUUGGGCUUACUGUGGAUCCUGAAGCAGGUUGUCUCCAUUUAUUGCCCCUCAAAGUUGCCCUAAAGGUUAGCAUUUUACAGUUGAGUGCUGCCUUCACCAAACCCUUUGCUGUUUUCCAUGUUUUGUCAUUUUAAUCACUGUUGCAUUUUACAAUCUAUUGAUUAUUAUUAAACCGAGCAGUCGAGAUAAAAUGUUCAGUCUCCUCCUAAUUGAAAUAGUCAGUUUCUUUGCAAAUAUCACAAAACCAAACAGCGUAGACCGAAUUAACUCAUACUGUUGUUGUUUGCGUGUAAAAAUCUUCAUUCCAUCCAUUUAUUCUGAUGAAUGUUCAGAAGUGUUUAGGAGCCGUGUGAUGAAGGAACUUCCUGAACUUCUCGUCCUGCCUUUUAACACUUUAUUUUACAUUUGCGUGUUUUUAUUUCUCGUUUGAUUUUCUCUGAUGCUCUAAACAAAACUAAUUCUACGUGACAUUUAACCUUUUAAAGAAGUUUCAAUCACGAUAAGUGUUGUUUAACCUUUGUGAUUUACAUGUUCUUACGUCCUCCUGCUACCAUGGACUCAAACUCACCGACCGUCACCUUCACAAGUCUGUAAAUAUCUGUACAAAAGAGAAAAGAAAGCCUAUUUAAUGGAGGUGAUGGAAGUUAAGUGCCUUUAUUUUGUACUCCUCUGUUUGUUUACAUCCUGCAAACUUUACCUUUUAUUAGAUUAUCCUGAUUGUAAAGAAGAAAAACAGCUGAAAUAAAAUGUUUGAACACA